AGGCAAGGGUGGAUUUGGAAUAUGCACCUUGGAAGAAAGGGGCAAAAGCACAGAGAGGUUCCUUGACCUGUGAGAGAGAGAGAGAGAGAGGUCCCCUUCAUAUUCUGCGGUCCGCAACUGCCGAUGGCAACUGUACAGCAGUCACCUACAUCCUUCGCGAACCGCACUGAAACCCCAUCCCCUUCCUUCUCUUCUCUCAACUUCCUAUGAAAUAUUAACACCAGAAAGAAUGGACAGCUUCACACUGCUUUAAACUUCCGAGAUGCGUUUUCUUUUCAGCCAAGACAAAGGUCUAGCUUAAGAGAUCAAACUGGUGAUCUAGCGGGUUCUUGCAGAACAAGUUGGAUGCAGAUAACCAUUAGUGAUCUGUGAAUUCUGUAGGCAACAGAGGAACGAUGCUAAGCCAGCUAUGGUUUGUACUGCUAAAGAUAUACAGGAGUGGAUAGAUUUUCCAAAGGGACUUAGGGUUCUUCUCCUUGAUGGAGACAGCAGUUCUGCUUCGGAGAUAAGAACAAAGCUGCAGGCCAUGGACUAUAUCGUUUCUACAUUCUGUGAUGAGAACGAAGCCUUAUCAGCAAUCUCCAGCAGACCUGAUGGCUUCCACGUUGCCAUAGUGGAGGUGAGUACCAGCAGCCUGGGAAGUUUCAAAAUUCUUGAGUAUGCUAAGGACUUGCCCACCAUCAUGACUUCAAACAAUCACUGCUUAAGCACCAUGAUGAAAUGCAUAGCGCUUGGCGCAGUUGAGUUCCUAAGCAAACCACUCUCUGAGGAAAAACUCAGGAAUAUCUGGCAGCAUGUUGUUCACAAGGCAUUCAACGCUGAGACAAGUGUCCUGCCUAAAUCACAAGAGCCUGUCAAAGAAUCUGUGGUAUUGCAGCUCCAAACAGACAGCGGAGAGCAUGGAAGUAUAAAUUUAGAGGAGUCUAGGUUCAGUGAUGUUGAACAUGAGCAGUCUGCAGGAAGUGACAAGUACCCAGCUCCUUCGACUCCUCAAUUAAAACGGGGGGCAAGGUUAAGGGACGAUGGAGAUUGCCACGAACAAACUAAUUGUUCAACCGAAAAAGAAAGUGAGGACCAUGAUGGGGAAUCUAAAUUUGUCGAAACUACAUGCUGGGUUUUGAAUGCUGAAGGUACUUGUCAACCUGUGAAACCUGAAAAGACUCAGAACAUGGAGGAUGAGAACCUGGCAAAUGAUUCUAAGAGUGAGAAAGCUGCUUCUCCACCUACACAUGAUGGUGUACUCAGCAACAUUGAAGGUGAUACUGUAUCUCCAAAUAAAGCAGGCGUUCAUAGCAAUUCCCGUCAGAUCAGAACUAAGAAGAAGGUAGACUGGACACCUCAACUGCACAAAAAAUUUGUGAAGGCAGUGGAACAAUUAGGGGUUGAUCAAGCAAUUCCUUCUCGGAUACUGGAGCUGAUGAAUGUGGAGGGCUUGACUAGGCAUAAUGUGGCAAGUCAUCUUCAGAAAUAUAGAAUGCAAAGGAGGCGAAUCUUGCCAAAGGAAGAUCGAAGAUGGGUACAAAGACCAGUUGUGGCUUUCUCUCCAUAUUAUUCUAACUGCACCCUGUCACCAGCUCCUGCGUAUCCUAUCUGGGGACAAUCUGGCAGUCAACCAGCCAGUAUGCAUAUUUGGGGCCCACCUGGUUAUCCCCCGUGGCAGCCUACUGAAAGUUGGCACUGGAAGCCAUAUCAUCAGAUACAUGCAGAGGCAUGGGGUUGCCCAGUGUUGCCACCUCCUCAAAGUCCUUGUAUUUCAUACUCUCAAAAUGCACCUGGAUGGCACAAUGCUAAUGCAGCUAACUAUAGCUCUAGCAAGUCUCAAAAUUCCUGUGAAUAUCAUCCAGCGGAUGAUAUUGUCGACAAGGUGGUGAAGGAGGCAAUUAGCAAGCCAUGGCUACCAAUGCCUUUAGGCCUCAAACCUCCUUCCAUUGAUUGUGUGUUGGCUGAACUCUCUAGGCAAGGCAUUUCCACCAUCCCUCCUUGUUCCAAGCAUGCUACACUGGAACCAGAACUGAAACCCCAGUGACGUCCUCUGGGCGACCACACGUAUCCUACGAUCGAUUAGUGCCCUUAUGAUCAACUACGUAGCAACUUGCUGGUACAUGCCAAUCAGACCAACGCUCUGAUAUAAUUUAUUUUUUGAGUAAACUUUAUUUUGGUGUCUAUAAACAGGUGCACUUUUAAUUUUGCCAUUCAUAGGUCAUUUCUUCUAAUAUAAUCUCUCAAUUGUUAGUUUAUGACCAUGUUUUCAAUGUCAUAUCCUCUAGGUUUUUUUCUAUCCAUUUAUGCCAAACCUAACAGAUUGCGUGCUUUGGGUCAAAGUACCAAACUAGCUUUAAAUGUUCGAGGCGACCAUCUCUUUUGGUUUGGCAUUAAUUUUUAGAUAAAAAUAACAGAUGAUGACAUUGAAAGCAUUGAAAUGAUUGAGGGAUUAAACAAUGACUUAUGGAGAACUAAAUUGAAAUUGCAAGUGCCCAUCAGUGAUCAAGAUAAGGUUUUCCUCUUGUUCUUUUCACCCCCAAAAUCCAUCAGAAUUCACCUAGCAGAUUAGCUGGAAAUUUUGGACCAUCUUUACACCACCGACCACUCAUUGAUGUCCACAGCACUUUUGGUGCAAGUGCAGGACAGCCAGUAGGCGACAUGGUUGGGUGGGUAGUGGCCGUGUAAUAAAUGAUGAUACUUUGUGCUAACUUUUCUGGUUGUGAAGAGAUAGAUAUAUAGAUAGACAGAUGCUGCUGCAUCAAACUCUUAAAGAUGCUCUGGUCGGGUUUGUGGGUUGUAAAUACCCAACUUUUUUGGGGCAUAAAGUCUAUUCUGAUUACUGUAAUGGAUCCCUUUUUGGAGUUGUUGGCUGGUGGGGCCUUUUGCAGACUUUAAAUAAUGGAAUUUGAAACCAUAAUGUUGCUAUGUGUAGUUUUCUUUGUGAAUUAAUACAGGCGAGUCUACUCUCUCAA